AAACCUGACAGCAUACUACUAUACUGUACUUGUCAUGGGUAAAAUUGUAUGUAAUUUCUCAAACUAUAAAUGGAAUACUGCCCAUCACUCAGACAAUGUAUAUCACAUCUUGGCCGACCCAGCUUUGACCCAAUACAAAAUGUGUGCAUUUCACUUUUGUGCCUUCAGUAGACUGCUGUAUUGAACAGACUGUUGAGACCGGCCCUUUUCACACCUAAAAGCACUGCUUGUUAACGUGUUCGCCAUCCAAGCUGGACCACUGACACACCCCAUCACACCCCCAUCCCCCUCCCUGUCAAUAUAAUAUGACUGCGCUUAGAUCCAGUACAACAAAAAUAUGACGCGCAUCAGCAGAGAGAGUUCCCAACAGAUUCAUGCAAUGAGGCGAGAAGGAAAGUCCACACAAGAAAUAAGAAAAAGUUUGGCAUGCCGUGGAAUUAAGGUUACAAUGCAAGCUGUGAGAUAUCACUACAAAGAGAGGCCACCCCGUCGCUCUGGUCCAAGGAAAUUGCAUACCAAUGUCCUCUCUGCAAUCGACGAGAUGACUAAAGCCAACACUGAAAUGAAUGCCCUGGCUGUUCAACAAAGAAUCAAGGCCGAUUUUGGUAUUGAACUGAGCUUAACAAGCAUACGCCGUGCUCGCAGACAAAUGGGUUGGAAAUUUUCCUCGACCCGUUUCUGUCCAAUGCUGAAAGAACGCAACAAAGAGGCAAGGUUGCGACAAGCUUCUGAAUGGAAGAAGUCGGGGGAGUUGUUUGACAAUGUGCUAUUCACUGGCGAAACGACAGUCGCAUUGGAACACUUUGCAAGACAAAGUUUCCAUAAAAAGGGACACUUCGUCUCAAAGCCACGACCAAAGCACCCACUGAAGCUGCAUGCAUGGGGAAUGAUUUCCCGAUAUGGAGCAGGUCCCCUUGUCAUUUUUGAGGGAAUAAUGGACAGAGAAUAUUUUGAGGAGACCAUCAUAAAAGAAUUUGCAGCACCAUACAUCAGGGAAAAUUUUGGGACUGAUCACCGCUUUUUCCAGGACAAUGACCCAAAGCACACCGCAGCUGCGGCUUACUUAGCAUCAGAGGGCAUCAACUCCCCGAUAGCAGAGGGUCGUUGA